AUGGCUUGGUCUACUUCCAGUUUCGUACCUCCGAAUAUCUGCUUGUCAAUUGUGGAAGGUGUGGGUGGUGGUGGUGCAUGUGGAUUCAACAGCUUAUGUAGGCUUGGAGAUGAAGGACCAAUUUGCGAGUGCCCUAAUGGUUACAACUCUAUUGAUCCAAAUGAUGCGCUCAGAGGAUGCAAACAAAACUUUGUUCCGCAAAGUUGUGACCAAGCCUCACCAGAGACGGAUCUUUUUGAUUUUCAAGAGAUGCAAAACACGAAUUUUCCUGGUGGGGAUUAUGAGCAUUUUCAGGGGGUAACUGAGGAUUGGUGCAGACAGAAUUGCCUGGAUGAUUGUUUUUGUGCUGUUGCAAUUUUCAACUCUGCCGGAGACUGUUUCAAGAAGAGACUCCCUUUUUCGAACGGGAUGAUUGACUCUAGUGUUAUUGCGAAAACUCUGAUCAAAUUUGGAAAAGACAAUUCUACUUUUAGGUCAGGUGGAGGUGCAAUCACAAAAAAGAAAGAUAAUUCAACUCUGAUACUUGUUGGAUCAGUGCUCCUGAGUAGCUCGGGGGUCCUGAACAUCCUCUUACCAUUAAUAACCUAUUUGGUUGUUUCUCGCGUCUAUUCUAGAAAAGCAAAGGUCAUUCAACCUCAUCCAGUCAUGUCAGGCAUGAAUUUGAAGGAUUUCACUUAUGAGGAGCUAAAAAAAGCUACGAACGAAUUCAAGGAAGAACUAGGACGUGGUGCCUCUGCAACAGUUUUUAAAGGAGUUUUAGCGUCUGAUACUGGAAGGUGUGUUGCUAUCAAACGUUUAGAUGCUAAGGUCAGAGAAAAUGAUUUGGAAUUCAAAGCUGAA